AUGUAUAACAUCGAGAAAGAGAAAGAUGACCACUUUGAUAUAGAAUAUAGCAAUAGAUUGUCGUACAGUAAACUUUCCAGUGUUCACACAUCUCAAACAUCGGAAUUUACAAAAGAACAAUUAAAGUUGGUUAAAUCUAGACACAGAUUGAGCUGGUCCGUUGCUGUAUCAGAUAAAUCAUCUAGUGUAACAAACUUUAGACUACUGGCAAUAUCUUGUAUAAGCCAUCAUGAUAUGACACUUGAGAACAUUGAAAAAUCUACCCAUAAAGACUUUUACAAUGAAGACCCUAGCGAUGAAGACCCUAGCUAUGGUCUUAGCAGAAAUCUUCCUGGAUUUACCAUCGUUUUCGCUAUCAAAGAACAUUCAAUUGAUAAAAUAUCACAAUUUGAUAACUAUCGGUAUGGUGGAAUAGUUAACUUAUUUUUCAAUUAUGAUGAUACCCAUAGUGCGGAUAAAUGUCUUCUUAUUAUUUUAAAUAUCACUGGAAUCUAUAAAUUUUAUUUUGAACACUUGAAUAAAAAUAAACCCACUAUCAAAAUUCAAAUGUUAAGAUAUCCGAAUAGAACAAAUAAAGUCAUGAAUUAUUAUAAUACUUAUUAUUAUAAUCUUUCAAAAAUUUUGAAACUUUCAGAACACGAUAAACACGAAAAAAUCAGAAGGUUAAAUAUGGAAUAUAUUCAGGCAUCUUUAAAUAAGCAUUAUUUUUUAGCCGAUACUAUGCUAGAUGGUGCUCAAUACAUGGAUCUUUACGAUUUAAAAACAAAUCAAUUAGUAAAUACCUUUUCGAGAAAGAAUGUAUGCGGUUCAGGUCUCACCUACCGUCCUGGAUUUUUUGUAAUAUCAAAUAAUGAUAAAUUGUUAGCAUAUAAAUUUAAAUCUGGAAGGCGGAUCAAAUUAUACUCGCUUGAUUGUGGUCUUGAAGUAGCGUCUAUAAAAAUAGAUGAAACUGAUGAAAUAUCUUAUGAUUAUUAUUUCUUAAAUUUUUUUAGUGAUGACGAGAGAUUAUUGGUAUAUCGGAUUAAUACAAUGGAAUGGUCUAUUUGGGAUAUUUUUGGUUCAUUACAAAAAUCAAUUAAACUCGAAAAACGACCUGAUUUUGAUUUUAACCUUCAAGUUGACUAUUCUCAUACUGAGAAAUUGAAGAAAUCAAAUUCUUUUAUAAUCACUAUUAAGAACAAUGAACUUGUAAUUUAUGAUGAUCUACUCUCGGAUAAAUUUUUGAAACUCUUGAAGAAUGUUGACAAAUUUGGUUUUAAGGAUCUAACACUGGAAGAAACCUGGAAGAAAUCAGAUGACAAAUUUGAAUAUUUUAUCUGGGAUUUUGAUAAUAAAAAUUUAUCUUGA